AUGCCACCGGAGUCCAACGUCUCCAAGAGUUCCGUGAGGACCGCUUCCAAGCAGGAAACGUUGGAGCUGGGGUGGGCCAAGGCGUUUCUCCGUGAUGGCUUGAUGAUGCAGCAGGAACGCAUGUCGGAAGGGCUGAUGCUUGCGUUGGGCUCGGCCGGCGUGCCUGAGCUGCGACGCGAGCCCCCCAGUCUUGCAGAGGCCAAGGCCAUGCCGCCUCGGGGCUUGAAGCUGAACAUCAUUCCGCGAGAUUCGGGCGACCACAAAGGAAGAGAAGAUGGAUGGCCCGUUAGCGCCAGCACGCGGCAGGGCGCUUUGAUGCACGCGAUUGCGUCUCCACUGGUGGGGAUGGUGUAUAAUUACAGCGGGCGUGAUCCUGCAAUCACUGUGGACUUUGUCUAUGGCCGCGGACAAAGCCGUCGUCGGCAUCUGGAGGAGGGGAUGCCAGCGCUGUGCGGGCGCAGGGCCGCGUGCGCUGCUCGAUAUGUGGUGGAACACCAGCUCUUCGGAUGGAUCGUGGAGCAGAACAGCGAGCACGGCGUGGCGCCUUCCCGUGACCAGCUGGUUGAAAAGGAGGUUGUGCCGCUGGAGGAGCGACAGGCCAAGGCGCGGCGCAGGCUAGCACAGGUUGAAGCCAGCGUGUUCGAGGCUUUCGCCUUCUUCAAGUGGAUCAACUUUGCCCUGUCUGAAGCACCUGCUGACCGUGACCCACUGAUCGUCAACAUGGAUGAGACCGCUCUGGCGUACCACAUUCCUGCGGCGCAGGGCACUGUGGCAACUGUGGCGCGUCGUGCUGGGGGUGGCCAAGCAGUUGACCACGCUUCUCUCGCAGACACCCGUGGCCAUGUGUCGUAUCUGGCGACCGUCGCCAGCGACCCAACAGUGCAGCCCCAGCUGCCGCAGGAAACGUUGGAGCUGGGGUGGGCCAAGGCGUUUCUCCGUGAUGGCUUGAUGAUGCAGCAGGAACGCAUGUCGGAAGGGCUGAUGCUUGCGUUGGGCUCGGCCGGCGUGCCUGAGCUGCGACGCGAGCCCCCCAGUCUUGCAGAGGCCAAGGCCAUGCCGCCUCGGGGCUUGAAGCUGAACAUCAUGAAGAGAAGACUGGAGGCAGUUAGCGCCAGCACGCGGCAGGGCGCUUUGAUGCACGCGAUUGCGUCUCCACUGGUGGGGAUGGUGUAUAAUUACAGCGGGCGUGAUCCUGCAAUCACUGUGGACUUUGUCUAUGGCCGCGGACAAAGCCGUCGUCGGCAUCUGGAGGAGGGGAUGCCAGCGCUGUGCGGGCGCAGGGCCGCGUGCGCUGCUCGAUAUGUGGUGGAACACCAGCUCUUCGGAUGGAUCGUGGAGCAGAACAGCGAGCACGGCGUGGCGCCUUCCCGUGACCAGCUGGUUGAAAAGGCGUUGUGCUUCACGCCUUCCACAUUGCCAUCUGAGGUGCGGCGUGCGCUCGCUGCGUCCUUCAAUGCCCAGCCACGCGCUCAACGCAAGUGGCUGGCUCGUUUUCGAGCUCGGUGGGGCGCGCGGCUUGGUGUCUUGAAAGUGCAGGAGGUUGUGCCGCUGGAGGAGCGACAGGCCAAGGCGCGGCGCAGGCUAGCACAGGUUGAAGCCAGCGUGUUCGAGGCUUUCGCCUUCUUCAAGUGGAUCAACUUUGCCCUGUCUGAAGCACCUGCUGACCGUGACCCACUGAUCGUCAACAUGGAUGAGACCGCUCUGGCGUACCACAUUCCUGCGGCGCAGGGCACUGUGGCAACUGUGGCGCGUCGUGCUGGGGGUGGCCAAGCAGUUGACCACGCUUCUCUCGCAGACACCCGUGGCCAUGUGUCGUAUCUGGCGACCGUCGCCAGCGACCCAACAGUGCAGCCCCAGCUGCCGCAGGAAACGUUGGAGCUGGGGUGGGCCAAGGCGUUUCUCCGUGAUGGCUUGAUGAUGCAGCAGGAACGCAUGUCGGAAGGGCUGAUGCUUGCGUUGGGCUCGGCCGGCGUGCCUGAGCUGCGACGCGAGCCCCCCAGUCUUGCAGAGGCCAAGGCCAUGCCGCCUCGGGGCUUGAAGCUGAACAUCAUGAAGAGAAGACUGGAGGCAGUUAGCGCCAGCACGCGGCAGGGCGCUUUGAUGCACGCGAUUGCGUCUCCACUGGUGGGGAUGGUGUAUAAUUACAGCGGGCGUGAUCCUGCAAUCACUGUGGACUUUGUCUAUGGCCGCGGACAAAGCCGUCGUCGGCAUCUGGAGGAGGGGAUGCCAGCGCUGUGCGGGCGCAGGGCCGCGUGCGCUGCUCGAUAUGUGGUGGAACACCAGCUCUUCGGAUGGAUCGUGGAGCAGAACAGCGAGCACGGCGUGGCGCCUUCCCGUGACCAGCUGGUUGGAAAGGAGGUUGUGCCGCUGGAGGAGCGACAGGCCAAGGCGCGGCGCAGGCUAGCACAGGUUGAAGCCAGCGUGUUCGAGGCUUUCGCCUUCUUCAAGUGGAUCAACUUUGCCCUGUCUGAAGCACCUGCUGACCGUGACCCACUGAUCGUCAACAUGGAUGAGACCGCUCUGGCGUACCACAUUCCUGCGGCGCAGGGCACUGUGGCAACUGUGGCGCGUCGUGCUGGGGGUGGCCAAGCAGUUGACCACGCUUCUCUCGCAGACACCCGUGGCCAUGUGUCGUAUCUGGCGACCGUCGCCAGCGACCCAACAGUGCAGCCCCAGCUGCCGCAGGAAACGUUGGAGCUGGGGUGGGCCAAGGCGUUUCUCCGUGAUGGCUUGAUGAUGCAGCAGGAACGCAUGUCGGAAGGGCUGAUGCUUGCGUUGGGCUCGGCCGGCGUGCCUGAGCUGCGACGCGAGCCCCCCAGUCUUGCAGAGGCCAAGGCCAUGCCGCCUCGGGGCUUGAAGCUGAACAUCAUGUCUUAUGCUUUGUUGUGGGAGGAGUUGGCGCGCCUCAAGAAGCAGAAGGAAGAGGCGAAGAAGUCUGCGCGCGAGGCAGCGAAGAAGGAGAAGAACGCCGUGAAGAGACGUGGCCGCCUGCUCAAGGCUGCGAGAGGACUUUGCAAGGAGGACUUGCAGUUGCUCCUGGCCGCAAAGAACAAGUCUGAGCAAGCAGGGCAGACGGCGGCGCAG